GAAAUGAUGGUUAAAAACGAAAUGUCGGACGCACGUCUCAACCUUGUUAUUUAAUCUAGUCAUUUGAAUAAAUUUCAGUGCUUCAAACGUGAACAAUUCGCAGAGGUACAAAACUAGUUUAAAAAACUCUAGAUAAAAAUAGUAAAUAUAGGCUACUUAAAUAUUGUCGGAAGAAACAGUUGUGUUGACGGAUCGAGUGUCUAAAAAGUAGAUUGUAAAACUGUUCGCAGACGUGGUUUAUAGGUUUCUAUUAAAUUUUAUCUUAAUAAUAGCCCUCAUCCACACGCUUAAAUUGAGAGGGUGAGGUUAUAGCAGACAGCCAGCAGGGGCAAUCGAAUCUGACCUCUAAAAAUCUGUCUGAAUCCGUAGAUCUGUAAGUGAGGGCAGUUUAAACGAUUAAUGAUGUAAGAUUAAAAAUAUGUUCAGAUAGAUGGUAGUUAAAGUGUGGAAUCUGCGUUACUGUUCGAAAUAGAUUUACUUGGAUCUUCAUCUUUGUACAUUCUGAUUGGCUGAAUGCCAGGUUGGUUGUUACAUUUGUAAGCGCUGACUGGUGAAAAGAAGUAAAGACAGGUCACGUUUCACAAGCCGUCUCCGGUGAUUUAUUUUAUUUACUUUGAGAUAUGGACUUGGGAGUGGGAGUUAACAUUGUUGAAACAGCAGCUCUGGGGAGACCCUUCAGGCUGGGGAUGCUGUACGACUGCAGAAAAGAUGCAUUUGUACCAGGAAUCACACUGUGGGAUGAAGAGCAACUGCAGCAGAGCAUAAAAAUCCAUCCUCAAAUUAAAACAGAUUUCUGUGUUACAAAUUCAGACUUUAUUGAGGCAAAAUGCCAAUUACUGAACAUUAAUGAUUGUCUAAAACUGAGUUUUUUAAGUGGACUCAUCAAUGUUAGUGGAGCAGCCAAGUAUCUCAGUGACACCAAGAAAUCCUUCAAACAGCAGAGACUGACCCUACAUUAUCAUUCAACCACCAAACGUGAAGAACUGACUGUGAACCACUUGCCAUCUGAAAAUAUAACCCACUAUGAAGUGUUUGAGAAUGAUGCAGCGACACAUGUGGUGACAGCUGUGCUGUAUGGGGCCAAUGCUUGCUUUGUUUUUGACAGAGAAGCUUCAUUAGUUGAAGACCAAAGCACUGUAGACAGAGACGUAAAGGCUGCCUUAGAAAAACUAAAAGGGAUUUCAGAAAGUACACAGAUUGAUCUGAGCUUGGAUGACAAUCAAAAGACUGUUUUUGAGAAAUUCAGCUGCACAUUUUAUGGUGAUUUCCAGUUAAAAUCUAAUCCAGCCUCUUUUGAAGAAGCUCUGAGGGUUUUUGCUGAUCUUCCUAAACUGCUGGGAGAAACCAAGGAGUGUGCAGUUCCACUGAGAGUGUGGCUUUAUCCACUGGACAAACUGCAUUCACAUUAUGUGAAACUUCAACAAGAAAUCAGCAUAGAUCUAAUCAGAAAUGUUGAAUCAGUAUUUGAGAGCUUAAGGACCACUGAAAUGAAAUGCAGUGAUCUUCUGAAUGAUACACCAUCUUUGGCUUUUGCAGGAUUUCAUGAUAAAAUAAUGAUUAUGAAGCAAAACUGCUGCAACUAUAAGCUGAGCUUCAUGAAGAAACUUGGAUCGCUAUUGCCAAAAAUCCGUAGUGAUACAGAAAAUGAGACAGCCCUGAUUGAGCUCCUCCAUGAUCAUGAAAAAUGUCCAUUCAGAAAAAGGGAUCUUGAGAAAUGGGUGAAAGAAAAAGAGAAUGAAUCCGUCAUUAUUAAAACUCUUCUCAGACAAUUGACUGAUUCUGGAGCAACAGUGGAAAAUAAUCUAGAUGGAAUUUUAAUGGAUCUUAAUGUUGAAAAUGUAGUAAGCUACACUUUCACAUCACUUGAGUGUCCAGAUGUGCUCCUUACUAAACAAAAGGCUUUCCUGAAUCCAUCAACAAUAGAAAACAACAGUGAGGAUGCUUCUGUUUUAAGUAAAAAAUCUGGGUUCACAUCUGACAUCAAAACCACAAUGAGGAGCAACUUGAUCAUCUUCAAAAACUUGAUGGAAUCAAAAAUAUGUAAACCAGCCAAAUAUAUUGUUGCAUCGAAGGAAAUACCAAAUCCAGGUUCCUGCAUUCUCAUUUACGAAAAUGGAUCUGAUGAAGCGACAUGCUUUACUCCGCCAAUAAAACCAGCUCAUCCAGUCACUGAACAGAUCAGUGGGGAAAGAGUGGUUUUAAAGGUGACACCUGUGUGUCCUGCAACAGAAGAGCUCAGGUUACUGUACAAAACAAAAGAAGAGAAAGACUGGAAAUCUCAGUCUGUGAAAAAGAGUCAAGAUACAGUUAUUCUGACUGAUCUCAGACCAGACACUGAGUAUGAGAUGAAAUUUGCAGCCGUGGGGAAGCUGAACUACACCAUAGACAGUGAUGUGAUUCACCUCAGAGUUAUUGACAAAAACCUCACUGAUGCCACAGAGUCCAUUUUAGAAAAGCUGAGCUUGAUAGAAGACAAGUGCAGUAAACUGAUGGAGGGCAAGAGUGCAGUCACAUUUAGAGCAAUUCGCAACAAGUUUGAAGACAUGAAGAGACACUGUCAGACUUACAAACAAGACAGAAUUAAAUCCACAAUCCAGUCAGUUCAAGCCUGUGAAAAAGACAUCAGUGCUCUGACAGACCUUCUACAAGCUCAUCAUGAGUCUCCAUUUAACAUAAGUGAUAUUGUGGAGUGGAUCAGAGUGAAAGAAACCGAAUCAAAAGCAGUUGAGAAGAUUCUUCAACAGCUGCUGGAAACUGGAGCUGAAGUGAACAAUAGUUUAGAUGAAUAUUUGUUGGAUGUUAGUUUUGAGAAUGUGGUGUGUUACACAUUCACUUCUCUUGAUCUGCCAGACGACCUGCUUUCUGAUCAAGAAGAUUUCCUGAAACCUGAAAUGAUAAGGAGAAAUUCUGAUAAGAAACCCAAUGCUGUGUCUGAAACUUGGCUCACAGGAAGUACCAGAGAGAAAUUGAAAAAACAAUUAGAAAUGUUUAAAGAGCUCAAAUGUUCAUAUGGCAGUCACUCAACAAAGUUUUUGGUUAUAUCAGAAGAUCAGACAAACCAUCCAGGUUCCUGUAUUCUCCUUUAUGAAAAUGGAUCUUAUAAAGCGAAAUGCUUUACUCCGCCAAUAAAACCAGCUGAGCCCAUCAUUGAACAGGUCAUCGGGGAAAGAGUGGUUUUGAAGGUGACAUCUGUGUGUCCUGCAACAGAAGAGCUCAGGUUACUGUACAAAACAAAAGAAGAGAACGACUGGAAAUCUCAGUCUGUGAAAAAGAGUCAAGAUACAGUUAUUCUGACUGAUCUCAGACCAGACACUGAGUAUGAGAUGAAAUUUGCAGCUGUGGGGAAGCUGAACUACACCAUAGACAGUGAUGUGAUUCACCUUAGAGUUAUUGACAAGAAACUCACUGAUGCCACAGAGUCCAUUUUAGAAAAGCUGAGCUUGAUAGAAGACAAGUGCAGUAAACUGAUGGAGGACAAGAGUGCAGUCACUUUUAGAGCAAUUCACAACAAGUUUGAAGACAUGAGAAGACACUGUCAGAUCUACAAACAAGACUUAGAAAUUAAAAUUACAUCCACAAUGCAGUCAGUUCAAACCUGUGAAAAAGACAUCAGUGCUCUGACAGACCUUCUACAAGCUCAUCAUGAGUCUCCAUUUAAUGAAAGUGAUCUUAUAGAGUGGAUCAGAGUGAAAGAAACCGAAUCAAAUGCAGUUGAGAAGAUUCUUCAACAGCUGCUGGACUCUGGAACUGAGGUGAACAAUAGUUUAGAUGAAUAUUUGUUUGAUGUUAGUUUUGAGAAUGUGGUGUGUUACACAUUCACUUCUCUUGAUCUGCCAGACAACCUGCUUUCUAAACAAGGAGAUUUCCUGAAACCUGAAAUAAUGAGGAGAAAUUCUAAUAAGAACCCCAAUUCUGUGUCUGAAACUUGGCUCACAGGAAGUAUCAGAGAGACUAUGAAGAAGCAUUUGGAAAUAUUUAAUGAGCUCAAAUGUUCAUAUGGCAGUCACUCAUCAACAUUUUUGGUUGUAUAUAAAAGUCACACAAACCAUCCAGGUUCCUGCAUUCUUAUUUAUGAAAAUGGAUCUGAUAAAGCGACAUGCUUCACUCCUCCAAUAAAACCAGCUAGUCCAGUCAUUGAACAGAUUGGUGAGGAUAUAGUGGUUUUGAAGGCAACACCAUUAUGUCCUGCAACACAAGAGCUCAGGUUACUGUACAAAAAAAAAGAAGAGAAUGAUUGGAAAUCUCAGUCUGUGAAAACGAGUGGAGAUGAAGUUUUUCUGACUGGUCUCAGACCUGACACUGAGUAUAAGAUGAAAUAUGUGGCCUUGGGGAAGCUGAACUACACCACAGACAGUGAUGUCAUCGGAGUUACUACACGUGUGGUCAGUGAGAAACAGUGUGCCUUGCCUUAUUCAUGCAAUACUAAUUUCACAUAUUUUAACAGUGAAUUAUUGAACAGUAACUCUAUGCAGCUAAAUGAGACUGGCAAAUAUCUGCAGGAUAAAUCUGAACAAAAACUAUCGAUGACAAAGGAGCCAAGGAACAACCAACCAAUGUCAUUUGAUUCUUCAGAGGAGGUCAAAGUGUGCACUGUUUUGGCUGGAAAGACCAAUAACUGUCAAACACAUUUUAUUGCAUCACUGCGAGCCCGAAUUGAGCAUCUGACGGAAGUUCGUUCAGUAGACGAGAGUGACAUUGUUUUAAUUUUCUGUCCAAUUGUUUCUCGAGCUGGAACUGACAUUGAUGCAGCCAUUCACAGAUGCUAUACAAAUGCCUCUAAGCUGACUGUUCUAGUGGUGCUUCACCACACGUUUGACCCAGAGAAAACUGUAUCAGACAGCAGCAAAAUUGUCAACAGGGAGAAUCUGCUCACAGUGGACUGUCUGUUCUAUGAGGAUGCAGGAUUACUGCAGUGUCAGAGGAAUUCAGAUGCAUAUGACAAAUCUGUCAACUGGUUAAUAGCGCAGGGCAAAAAAACAGGUCUUAAAAUCUACCCAAAGAAAUCACCUGAUAGUCAAUCCAAUGGUCGGAAAUUCUGGAGAUAAGGUGUGCAGUUUGACCAUUGACUAGAUGAGGCUUGACACACAUCUAUCACUCUGCAAUGGUUCAUAAUCUUCAUUACAAAGAGAGUAUUGUAGUUCACUGAUUUUUGGUGGAAAUGUUUUUGUUUUACUAAUUAUAUACAAAUUUAUGACAGUCAGAGAUGUAGUUAUUAAAUGAAUUAAGUUUAACUAAUGAAUUAAGUUUUUGCACAAAUAUUUGCCUGCAUACUAAUGUUUAUUAUUAGGCUAUAUUAAUAAAUAUUGUAGUGUAUAACUGCAAAGGCUAUAAUACAAUUUAUUCUUAUAUAAUAUUCAGAUUUUAAAUGAAAAAUAUUCUGUAUAUUCUAGUAAAAAAAAUUACAUUAUCAUCAAAAAAUAAUAUAAAAAAGUGGACAAUUAAUGAACAACAUAGUGCCAUUUCAUGGCUGAGCAUAUGUAACAUUACAGUUCAGCUCUUUUUAUUUCCGUGGCACUAUCUUAUGUCUUGAAACAUUUUUUUUUUGAGUCUUGUGGCCUGGGAAUCCCACUAGGAAUUCUUGGUUAAAAAAAGCAAACAUCCUACUGAAUAAGAGAAGCACCCAGACACAAACAUGAUAUAGAUGUAACAUUUAGCAUUUGAGCAAUUAAUAAAUUUGUUUCUCUUGAAGAACUUCUUUGCUUGUGCUUUGGUUCUGCCUCUCUGUUGAACGUGGUUAGUGUACUGUGCAAUAUUGAGAACCCCUUUUUUUAUGUAAUGAUAUAGGUAAUGUUACUUAUGCUGUUGUUUUGGAUUAUUGGUGACACGAAUCAUGAUUCUUUUAAAUUAAAAAUGUAGUGAGAUUUUUACAAGUUGUUAGACGUCUACAGCCACCUUACUGACAAAAUUUAAAAAAAAAAAUCUAUUAAUUGCAGUAUGGUCAUAGCUGGUUUUAGAGGGCUUCUGACUACAACUUUUUGUUUUGCUGGUUAGAUCUUAGUUGAACUUGACCAGCCUGGCUCGAUGAUCUAGUUUGAAGGGCAUCUAUUUUACCCAAGAUUUAAGAUGAGUCUUUUGUCUCUCCAGAAUGUGUCUGUAAAGUUUAAGCUUAAAACACCCAUCAGAUUAUUUUUUAGAUCUUUCAGAAAAUAAUUUUGUUGCUCUGAACACAUUGUAGCUGUUUUUGUUGCCUGUGCCUUUAAUGCUAGUUCUUCCUGCUUAUCGUUCUCACAUGCUUGUCAGAGUGUGAUUCAAUCUCUGAUGCGGCAGGGUCAGAUAAACAGUACAGUGACAGACAUGAAGGAAGCAGAUCUCACAAAACGUUUGUGAGAAAUACUACAGUAAGAACUUUCCCAAUGAUUAUUUAAUGUAUUUGUUGUGGAGCUAAUUCAAGCCUUUCAGUGAAUCGCAUACAAUGUCGUUGCAAAGUUCACACAUGGACACACAGACUGAACUUUUAUCUUUGCACUGAUUUUGCACGACAAAUAUGACAGGAUACACAUUAAUAUCCACUGCUGUAUGGAUAUUUGUUAUGUUAAUGUACAAAAUAAACCUGAUUUAAUGUUUACAAA